AACACAUAUUGAGAACAGUGAUAAAUAUGAGCAUAAAUUGGGUUACGUACAAAGAAGGGUCUUUAAAAGAACCAUUUCUUCUUGAAAACGAAUGUAUCUUUGCUCGCUAUGAGGGAAUUGCACUUUCUGUUAUGUGCAAUCCUCCUUCUUCAAAAUCUUGGGCUUCCACGCAGGGAUGCAUGUAUCUUACAAAUCAACGAAUCAUAUACAUUACCGGAGAAGAAAAUAACACAUUUUCUGAUUUCCAAGUACCAAUUUGUAAUUUCAGAGAUACAAAGUUAAAUCAACCAUUUUUUGGUGCAAAUUACUAUUCGGGCGUAGCAACGCCAGUCAAGAAUGGCGGAAUUCCCUCUGAAGCUGAAGUCAAGCUUCAGUUUAAUGAAGGUGGUAUUUUUCAUUUUGUUGAAUGUUGGAACCGACUAAUCCAAAGGUACCAAGAAGUCGAUAAUGCUUCCCGUGUUCAACAUUUAGAUCUAUUACCUCCAUACCACCGACCUAGUUCUAGCCAAGAUCAACCUCCCCAUUAUGAUGAAGCAAUCAACCAGGUAUAAAGUAUUAUUCCCUUUUAUGUUGGCCCCUUCCACCGUUUAUCAGUCGAAAUUUUCAAUUAAAUAAGCUUAUUCGCCUGUCCAAGAGUGCAGUCUUAAGCACCAUUAUGUCUGCGUACUCCUAUUCUUGACGUUAAGUGAUGAUAGGAAGGCGCAAAUAAGUUUUCAUUUCAUUUCUAUAUGAAAAUACGUUUUGUAACGAUAUCGUUCUACCGUAUGUUCUCCUUUGUUUUCUUUUUUUCUUUUUUUUUUUUUUUUUUUUUUUACCGUAUUGUUAUACCGGAAAGCACCACUUAAUUUUUAGCGGUUAAGCGCAAGAUCAUCUUGAAUGGUAAUUGUCCUAUGUCUUUUUUGUUCCUUUUCUAGAUUUCCGAAUGACUUCCAUCCUUUUAAUACUUUUAAGCCCUAGAUUUUGUGGAUCCUAUUUUCUUCCUCUACUUAAUUUAACCAGUUUUUUACGCCUUCUCUAUUAAUAUCGUGAUCGUAUCGCAAGAUAUUCUUCUGUGUACUAAAUGGAUGCAGUUUACUUCGUCUUCCAGAAUUCUAUUUAUACUUGCACCUCGAGUAUGGAGAAGAAAAUGAUUAUCACUAUUUCAAGAACUUGUUUAUUAUAACAAACUCAAAAAUUGUUGAUACUCUUAUGAUUAUCUUAAUAUAUAGCAGAUGCUGAGUUUAUAUAAGGCAUCAUAUUUUACUACACGUCCUGAAAUGAUUGAACUUUAGGGAAUGACUUAUCCUUACCUGUUUUAACUUCUUCAAAAGAAAGUCGAUAUAUCAAAUAUAUGACUUUUAAAAAUUGCAAACUUCAGCCAAUGCAGAUUUCCCCUUUUUUUGUUUUUAACUUUUUGUCGAUACUCAUUUGCUUGAUAGUAUUAGAUAUCGAUGUCUCAUCUUUUUGAGAUUUAUGGAUACGCUCUGCUUUAGUUUCUGAAGCUGCCAAAACAGUCCUUCCCUUAUGGGAACCAGAUUUUGGAUAUAUGCUUCAUGUCAUAAUAUUGCCUUUACUGAGCUCGUAGAUUUGGUAAACGAAACCGUUCGUUGUUUGGUGAUAAAUUUGUAAGCAUAUCAUGAUGUUUUUCGUUUAGUAAAUAUGCAUUAAAGAUUUUAUAACAGUGCUUGGUAGGAAAUUACUACCACCCAUUAGCAG